AUGCUUCCUUGGGUAGUCUUCCCAAGCCUCAUACUACUUUGGGCAGAUGUUGUAGUUUCUCAGACACGCGUGACUGGAGUGGUGGGACAGACUGUCACGCUACCCUGUAGCUACUCUAUAGCUCGGGUAAUUGCACCUAUGUGCUGGGGCCGAGGAUCAUGCCCUUUAUCCAAAUGCUUAAAUACAAUUGCAUGGUCUGAUGACUACCGUGUCACCUUUACGAAGGACAAGCGUUAUCGGAUGAAUGGAAUCAUUUCCAGAGGGAAUUUUUCUUUAACCAUAGAGAAUGCAGCCCUGUCUGACACUGGCACCUAUUGUUGCCGUAUUGAGUUCAGCGGAUGGUUUAAUAAUUAUAAAAAGAAUAUAUUUUUGGAGAUAAAGCCAGCUCCAUCUAAGGUCACCAGUGUUGCAACUCUGCCUAAGGUCACCAGUGUUCAAACACCACCUAAGGUCACCAGUGUUCCAACACCACCUAAGGUCACCAGUGUUCCAACUCCACCUAAGGUCACCAGUGUUCCAACUCCGCCUAAGGUCACCAGUGUUCCAACACCACCUAAGGUCUCUACCUAUGCUCCUACAACUCCAGCACCCACACGGAACCUUCAGACAGAAACCACUUCAUCUUCUGCAGCGCAGACAACAGGAACCCAGCCUCUCACACCACAGGAAACAAGUACGACUAGCUCAUUGUUGAACUCUUCAUGCCCAACAGAAUAUUGUGGGAAAAGAAAGGUGUUACAUAUAAGCAAAGAAACUCAGACCGCUACUUUGCAAAAUGAAACUGCAGUGUGCUACCAAGCACAUGAAAACAUCUCCUUUAAGAACAAGCUUUACAACGUGCGUUAA